AUGGCCAGCACAGCGAGUGUCAGCACCAGCACCGGAAGCUCAGAGCUGUCUUCACUGUCAGACAACAUCAAUAAUCCUGCUGAUAUCUCUGUCAUUGUCAUCUACUUUGUGGUGGUGAUGGCUGUUGGAGUGUGGGCAAUGGUGAAGACAAACCGAAGCACUGUUGGAGGCUUCUUUCUGGCUGGUCGAUCUAUGACUUGGUGGCCAAUGGGCGCCUCUCUGUUCGCCAGCAACAUUGGCAGUGGUCACUUCGUGGGCCUGGCUGGGACAGGUGCAGCUACAGGAAUCGCAGUUACAGCGUUUGAGUCACACUCAUUUGCCUUGCUGCUGGUGUUGGGGUGGUUUUUUGUCCCCAUUUACAUCAAGGCUGGGGUGAUGACCAUGCCAGAAUAUCUCAGGAAGCGCUUCGGUGGCAAGAGGCUGCAGAUCUACCUCUCCGUCCUCUCCCUCUUCAUCUGCGUGAUACUGACGAUCUCAGCAGACAUAUUUUCUGGAGCCAUCUUCAUAAAGCUGGCUUUGGGGCUGGACCUCUACCUGGCGAUCUUCAUCCUCUUGGCUAUCACAGCCGUCUUCACCAUCACCGGGGGCUUGGCCUCUGUGAUUUACACUGACAUCCAGGCCAUCAUCAUGUUGGUUGGAUCCUUCAUUCUCAUGAUAUACGUCGAUACAUUGUCCCAGCAAGGAGAUAAGCAGCUGCUACAGUUACCAUCCGGCGACAAACUGCUAGCCACUGUGCCUUCUCCAAAUACAGGGCGGAGGGACGCUGGCCCUGGCUCAAACUGUGUCUUCUUAGAGAGCCCCAGGCUGCCUCAGGAGGCGGGCACUGCAGCCUGGGUGGCACAGCAGAGCAGUGGCGGGCUUGUCCUGGUCCCUAGCUGUCUCUGCCUGCACCUGUGCGAUCCAGAAGGCACCACCGCCUCAGCCCCAGCACAGAAGCCCGGAGCCACGAUGAGCCACGCCUGCGACCGCCAGGAUGCCAGCCAAGGUAACCAGCUCGUUUCCCUGGCCUUCAGUGUCCUGCAGCUGCUAGUUGGUUAA